AUCCGCAUCACAGCUAGAACGGAACUGCAAUUUCAGCCAUUGGUUACAGUACUGAAUGGCAAACAAAACUGAACAUUUUAAUGAUUUUGUGUUUUUAUUCGCAUGAAAGGAUUGUACGGUAUUGUAAAUAAACGUUGUUGACUUUUAAAGCCACAUACUGUUGGCGAUGUCCUAGUUCACUGAUGUAAUUGGGAUUUUAACUAUUGAUCGUCAACUGCACUGUCCAUGAAUGAACAUUGAAAUGUGAGAAAACCCGUUGGACUAUUGGGCAAAAAGAUUAGGCUUCACAUUCGUGUUGGACCAUACUGUACUAUGAGUGGUCGACCUAGGACAACUUCAUUUGCUGAAGGUGGAAAACCAGGACAAAACGCACCAUUUGGAGGGAUGAGAACCACCAAAUGAUCACAGAUAUCUACAUUUUGUGGGCAAGAUUGAUUGAACGUUGGAUAUAAAAAUCUACAAUAAGUGGGAAGAAAUGAGCAAAGAUGGAAAUAAAGUCACCACUGUCCUGGCCACUGCUGGGCAAGGGUCAGAUCGCCCCCAGGAGGUCAGCUACACAGAUGCAAAAGUUAUUGGCAAUGGUUCUUUUGGUGUGGUGUACCAAGCCAAGCUAACAGAGACUGGGGAGCUAGUAGCCAUCAAGAAAGUUUUACAAGACAAGAGGUUUAAGAAUCGAGAACUUCAGAUAAUGAGAAAGUUAGAACACCAAAAUAUAGUCAAACUGAAAUAUUUCUUUUACUCAUCUGGUGAAAAGAAGGAUGAAGUCUUUUUAAACUUGGUCCUGGAAUAUGUACCUGAAACAGUUUACCGUGUAGCACGACACUACAGCAAAUCCAAACAAACUAUACCUAUAUUGUACAUUAAGUUGUACAUGUAUCAACUGUUUAGAAGUCUAGCAUACAUUCACUCCCAGGGAGUCUGUCAUAGGGACAUCAAGCCUCAAAAUUUGUUGCUAGACCCAGAGACAGGUGUUCUCAAACUCUGUGAUUUUGGGAGUGCUAAAGUCUUAGUGCGGGGUGAGCCUAAUGUCUCCUACAUUUGUUCUCGGUACUAUCGAGCUCCAGAGUUGAUAUUUGGUGCCACAGAUUAUACUUGUCAAAUUGAUGUUUGGUCAGCAGGAUGUGUACUAGCUGAAUUAUUAUUAGGUCAACCUAUCUUUCCUGGGGACAGUGGUGUGGAUCAGCUGGUAGAGAUCAUUAAAGUUUUGGGCACACCCACUCGAGAGCAGAUUCGGGAAAUGAACCCCAACUACUCUGAGUUUAAAUUUCCUCAGAUCAAAGCUCAUCCUUGGUCAAAAGUGUUUCGUCCCCGCACACCACCAGAAGCUAUCCUCUUAGUGAGCCGCUUACUGGAAUACACACCAUCAGGGAGGAUCACUCCGCUGGAAGCUUGUGCACAUUCAUUCUUUGAUGAGUUACGAGAUCCAGCUUGCCGUUUGCCAAACGGAAGAGAGCUACCUCAGCUGUUUAAUUUUACUCCUACUGAACUAACCAUCGCUCCUGCUCUCAAUGCUAUUCUCAUCCCACCGCAUGCCAGAAACUCGACCACAGAUGCAGCCACCACUGGGGUCAGUCCAAAUAACAACAACGCCCUGGACAGUAGUAAUGGGGCCCCAGGGGCCACCACUAGUGGAGACAAUGCAUGAGGAGUUGUAUAACUUGAGCUUAUCAAGUAGAAAUAUUAUUAGGUUCAAAUCAGAGAGAAAGUGAUUCUUUUUUUUUUUUGUUUUUGUUUUUUGUUUUGGACAGACUUAAAGUGAGGCUGCAAAACAUUUCAAGUCAUAGUAGUCACCAAACUGUAGCAGAGUGGAGAAUUUUAAGUUUUUUUAAUGCUGUCAUGGCUCUUGUAUGAUGAGUAUCAGGUCGUCUUUAUUUUAAUACUUCCAAGAUUUCUUUUUGAAAAAGUAACGCAAAAAUUUAGCUUUGAACAAAGUGACUUGGUGUUGACCAAAGGAGUUUGUAACUCUUUGUGUGUGUGAAAGGCAUUUCUUGGUCUCUUGUCUUUUGAUUGCGUACGUAGGUCUCUUGAAGAGGUCAGAAAUGUGUGUUUGGUGAGUCGAGUCAUGAGUCAGUGUAAACGGAAUGUUAAUAUUUAUGAUCCUAAGGGCAUGAUGGAAAUAGUUUGUAAAAUAUAAACUCAGUCGACUAUCUGAUUUCAAUGAUAGGCCUAGAUUUUCAGAAGAUAGGAAACACGUGUAAAGCAUGUAAUAAGAUUUCAGAAACAGUCAUUUAAACAUACCCAAUGAAUCUAGUUUCUACCAUUGACCUUUGUAAAUAGAUUUUGGCUAAUUUAAUAAUUAAUUUAAAGAAAUGAGUCUCAAUAUGAAUGCCAUCAAAGUUUACUAGAGAAUUUUUUUUUUUCGAUGUAUGAUUUUUCAACCAAAAUUUCUCUGCCUGUGAAAUGGAACACAAAACUAUUAUUUCAGUACAUACUGUAGGUCUAGUUUUGUAGACUUAUAAGAAAAUAAAACUUAUCUGCUUUUUACUUUUCUGUGCAUGCUAGUCGAGGAUCUUAUUAGUUGGGCAUCAGGCUUUCUCUUAUCUCUAGUGAAGAUAUGUUUGAAAAGUGCACAGGAGUUGAGUGUUUGUCUUAUCUGUGGAGUUAUUUCAUUCAAGCUAUGUUGUUCUAUUUUAGGUUUGUUUGACAUGAUCUGGUAAACUAAGGACUAUUGGAAAACAUGUAACAUGAUCCUUAUAAAUCAUCAUUGUGACCUAGUGCAGUGGACAUGAAAUUAGUUGGCAUGUAAACAAGAUUUUACAUUGUCUGAAUUGCUAGUCCUCAGUGAUGAUAAGAUAAGCCCUCAUUUAGAGGUCUGUCACUCGUUAUUAUAUGUCCAGGCUCAGGAGACUUAAAAGAUGUCCUCUUUCUUUAAACACCUAUAAGCAUAUUGAAACAAAAGCUGGUGUGAGAAUGUUCUUUUUGAAAAGUUUACUUAUCUCAUUGACGCAAUACCAUUGAUGCUUUGUAUUAAGGGUAAAAAAUGGCGUGCUUGGAACUGUUGAGUGGGCUGUUCAGUCUAUAUUUGUAACAGAAAUGGCUAGAAUGAGUGGCUGACAGUGAUAUCAGGUAUUUUUAGGAAUGAGUGCUCAUCUAAGUUUGUGGCUAGUUCAGUUGACUAGCUGCUGCUUAGCAUUAGAAACAUUGAUUUGAUCUGGUCAUGUCCUGGGUUUUAUUUUCAAAUGUUACAUGCCUCUUGAUAGUGUUUGUCAUUUGUAUGUUUGUUUAUUGAAGGUCUUAAUGAAGAGUAGUCUAGUGGGUCCUUACAGACUUGUAUUGACCACUCAUGUUUCAUGGAAUACUUUGUCCUAAAGUAUUAGUAGCAGUCAAAAGUUAGACGUAUAUCAGAUGCAGAUUUCAUCCAGCUAGUUCGAGGCAUGAAAGAUUCUUAAUCCUAUUCUGGUCCAUGAAGCUAGUUUGUGCAGCUGUUAAUGGCUAAUAGUCUUUCAGCUGUUUAAUAACUUCCCCUUAAUGAAGAACUCUUUUGAUUUUAAUGUUUAAUUGCUUCAUUUUUUUGCUUUUGAUAUUUUUUUGAAGCCAUUAUAAAACUUUGCAUACAUUUGUUAUAUUACUUCCAUUUUUCCUGACUUUGAAUGAAAAUAGCUGUCAUGUCUUGCAGAGUCCAGUAGUACAAAUAAAAUAACAUAAAGAAAUAACUUUGAAGUUGAUUAAUUUGUAUAUUUUAAUUAAAUGAAAUUUGAAAUUCUUGAAUGUUCAGGGUUCAUAUUUUCAGGGUUUUGAUUUGUUUUUACAAGUUGAUACAAAAGAGUAGAUUUGUUUUCUCUUUCACCUUGAAGGUUGUGGCUCAUUCAUCCAGGGAGGAAACAAUGCACUAGGAGCAAACAGCAAGGAAAGACACUGAUGUUUAGCUUUUGGAGAGUUACAUUUUUUUAUUUGGCCCCUUGUGCAUUUUCGCCUUUUCUUUAGUUCAUUUUUUUUUUAUAUUGUUUCUUGUGAUUAUUUGAACUGAAUUUGUUUGAAAGGCAAUUGAUUUAAGUUGAUCAGUUUUCUUGGACGCUGAAGGUUUAAACAACAUUUGAAGUUGGCCUGGGACACAUUUUUUUUUUUUUUUAUGUGUUUUCUCUUGAAGUUGUUUUAGUUCUUUAAAAGCAAGACUGUUUGAAAUAGUUUCAUUGUUGGAGGGUUUAUUCUUGUGUACAGUGUCAAUUGUAUAGUUUAAAAGUUUUUCAAGUAAUAAGGACUGAUUCUAAGAUGAAAUAAGAAAUGUAUAAGAUUGAUUUAAAAUAAACAGUAGAUGAAUUAUCUCGACUUAUUGUUGCACCUUUCAUCACACUAGGCGUUCUUGCUUUCCGAGAACCUGUUCAACUCAGCUAGGGGGCUUUGUGAGCAAUAGUAAUUGUCUGGCAGGGUCAGGGGAGUGAACUCCUGUACAGCUCAUCAUUACUUUGUCAUUGUAUAUUUGUAUAUAUGCCUGUAAGUCUCUGUUCUCGCCCCCCUGCCCCCCUUUUUUUUUUCUUUUUUGUUUUGUUGUAGCUGUUGUGGUGUGUGCAAUUGUGGUGAGAAAGAUCAUUAAUUUAUUGUAACACUCUUCACAGUGUUCACAUUUUUGUUUGUUCUCUUGCUUUCUGUUAUGUACAUAGCCAGUUGUUUUUUUUAAUGUGUGCUCAGUAUUGAUAGAGAGUUACACUAGGGGGAAUAACUACCAGCUACACAACACAAUCUGAAAAUGAAACAAUAUCAGAUCAUUUUCCAAUCCAUUUUUUUUUCAACUAUGACUAUAAUAAUAUUUAUGAUCAUGCAUAUUGUCCCUAUAAUGUUAUGUAUUUUUUUUUUUUAAUGUUUGCUUUUAAAGAUUGUUUUGUUUCAAGUGGCUGGUGUCAGUUUUUGUUUUUCUCAAUUUUAAGACCAAUUUAAUUAUAUUUUUUUUUUCAAUUUUGAAUAAAGUAUUAAAGCCAAAUACUUUUUGGUGACUUACGAAGUAGUUUUCCCUUGGUCACUUGGAAUGCUUUUUAAAAAUAUUUUUUUUGUAUUGUAUUAAUAUGAUUAUUCUAUUGUUUCUAAAGUUCUGAUGACACAAUGUUGGCGAUGUUUGCGUCUACUCUAAUGUGUGUGACUAUAACUGUGUGUUUAUUUAAAACAAACAAACAACAAAACUAAAGGCUGUGUUUGGUCAUUAAUAAGUGUUGUACUAAGAAAUCUAUCGACUGGUCAACCCUUCUAUUGAUGUAACUAUAUGUAUCACAUUGGUGUGUGUGUGUGUGUGAAUGAAAAGGUUUCACUUCAAUUUCCCAGUGUCUAUAAGCUGCACCCCCCAAUGUCUCUAUGUUUUAAUGUCUUUUUUUUUUUCCAAUCUGUGAGGGAAUAUUAGUUCAUUAGUCUUUGUGUUUUAUUUCUAUCUCACAGACCUAUAUAAACUGUAUCCACCCCAGUCCCUCUUGUUUAGUGGUGUGUGCAGGUUGGGUGAGUGUGUGGUAGGGUCUAUUUAUCGUCUUCACAUUUGAAUGGAUUCAUAAGAAAUUUUUCAUUAUCUUUCCUUUGAUUGUCUCAAGGUGAAGAGUGCAUUUGACGACUGUCUGGUUGUUAUGGUUGUUGGGUAGUCUGGUAUGCACUCCAGAUUGUCAUCACAAUUGUUUGAACUUAGCUUGCUACCAGGACGAAAUAAUCUGAAACUUUGUAAGACCAAAAAAUGUUCCAUCAGGCAAUGCUGCUGAAAAUAAAAGAUUUGCAGUUCAAACAAUAGUUUCACCCGUAGCAAUUUUGUUCAGUGAAACAAAAUGAAAAAAAAAAAAAGACCAGUUAAAUUUUUAAAUUUUUGCUCUUUAAGCGAUUUUUUUAAAAAAAAAAAAAAAGCUUGUUUUACAAAUAUUUUCUUCAUGAUAUAUUGUUCAAGACAAUUGAGCCGCUGUUUUCUAUCUCCACCUUGUGUGAUGGAACAAAGAUGGGAAUCAUUCUAAUGUCUAGCACUCUGGUGACUGUUUUUGUUUGUGUUAGUUCCCAUUGUACUCCUGAAGAUGGUCAAGUGUUUGUGUGGGUGUAUGGAAGGGAAAUCACUUUUAGCUAGACAUCUAGAUCUAUGUGUUUACAUUGCUCAGGUCUAUUGAUUGCUACAUUGGUAGGAUUGUUGGAUUAACACUAGACAAAUUAAGAUGGUCAUCUGUGGGGUUUGCAUUUUUACCUUCAUGCUUUUUUGUUACGGUACAUAGAUUUAUUAUUUUUAAGACAUAGCAUUGGUUUUAUAUUUGUGAAUUGUAAAAAGACUUGACUAAGUUAUAUGGUGGGUAAUGUCAGUCUGUUUUAAAAUUAAAUUUAGUGAUCAAUGUACACAACCUUACAAACAAAGAAAGAAAUGUCUUCAAAUCAAUGAAACUGUUUGUCACUGUUUAUAAAAGAUAUCCACUAAGUUUGGCAACUGUGCUGUAAUAUUGUUUUGUGAGUUGCUUGCCCUUGUCAUUUCUCUGUGUGUCGUGUGAACUGAAGUAGACAUUCAAGUGUGUAUCUGCAGCAGUCAGUAUGUGUAAAUAAAAGUCCAUGAUUUUGA